GACAGGAACCUUGGUUGGAAUAUUGAGUACGCUACUGCUUUUUUGGUCAAUCAUCUCGACGAGGCCAACUCUCCAGAUGUUGCAGAUACUCUCAAGAAGGUUCGAAUAUUCGCUGAAAGAAUCACCAAGGAGGGACAUUCUCGGGACGUUGCGUAUCGAGUCUUCAACAAGCUUGACGAGAUUCUAUUCGCCGGCCACUUGAAGGACGCCGUCUUCCUAGGUAUCAGGAGCAUACAACGCGAUGUAUCUGGAGUCACCUUCAACCCUGGGCAGAGCCCGAACAAGCGAGUCCAUCGCAUUUCUAUCAUUUUGAAUGCCGAUCUGCAUCAAUAUGCAAGUUCAAAGUUUAUCAUUGCUAGCCUCAUCCACCACAUGAUUCACGCCUAUUUUCUAGUUGCAUGUGGUCCGCAAGAAGAGAAGGAGGUGGACUAUGGCCGUCUCGCACAUGGCGUGCACUUCGGCAAAAUCAUGCACACCAUCAAGAAUUUAUCUGGCGCCAAAGCCAGGCCUCUUCCACUGGGAUUCGGACACCCACUUCCUCGAGGGCUCUAUGAUAAUUACCAUACCCGCCACCGAUUCACUUCCAAAUGGUUCUGCACACACUGCUACUCCGACAUCGACCCAAUCCUAGAAACGGAAGUCGAUGACUGGUACAAAACAUACUGCCUCCCAACCCUCGAGCUCCCAGAGUCCGCACAGAAGUCGACCAUCCUGAUCUACAACCCCAAAUCCAAAGACGCUGACAAUCUCGAAGAAAUCCCCCGCGCACAAACAACCCCCUCCGCUGAUGCUGUAGAAUUUGUCUUCGAUGAAAAAUGCAUCCAAAUCCCGCGAGACAAAAUCGAUGCUUAUUCCUCCAUCCGCAGAGCUUUUAACGCCUCUCGAUUCCUCGCUAUCCCAGAAGAUGUGCAAAGGGAGACAUUCAUGGCACUGCUCGAACUCCUGUACACCGGAUCAUAUUCACCUGAUAUCGUCCCUGUAACCACACCGGGGAGGAAGGGGCCACCGGUUAUCAAACCCCCGCAUAGAGACUCCCAGCCGUUUCUCUUGACUGAUAUCCGGAUCUUCAAACUCGCAAACGCGCUAGCGUUCGACGACGUCAAAGGAAUCGCGAUUCAAAGACUCAAGGCACAGUGUAUUACGCGCGAAGACCCGAUUACUGUGCUUAGGGAGAUAUAUGAUGGAUGCGGGGAACCAGAUCCUAGCUUAAGGUCUUGGGCGAGGAAGUUUUUGGCUCAGCGACCAGGGAGGGGGAGCGAUGGGUGGGAUGGUAUGGGUGUGGGUAUAGGGUUUGCAACUGCAAGUGGAGCCGGCGGAGGGAGACCAGAGGCACCGAAUUUAAUUAAGCUGGAACGAGAGAUGGUAUUCCGAGACCGAUUUCUGAAUUUGAUCGAUCAGAGUGGGGCGGCACAUAUUGAUGUUCUCAAGGUUAGGGAGGCGUUAGGGGGUUUGGGA